UGUAACCAAGCAACAGAGGAAGCAGUAGUUGUUUACAUUUUUCGUUACACGAUUAAGAAAAAAUGACGGGUGGAAACGCUGAAGAUAUUGGAAUGGAUCCUCCUCAUAUUUAUGUUGAAAGAACACUUGCAAUUAUAAAACCUGAUGCUGUACACAAAUCAGAGGAAAUUGAAGAUAUUAUUCUUAGAUCAGGAUUUGCGAUAUUGCAGAAAAGACGAGUACAUUUGACACCAGAACAAGCCAGUGACUUUUAUGCUGAACAUUAUGGAAAACUUUUCUUCGCAAGUCUUGUGGCAUACAUGUCAAGUGGGCCAGUGAUUGCACUGGUCAUAGCAAGAGACCAGGCUAUAUCCUACUGGAGAGAAUUAAUUGGCCCAACCAACACAAUUAAAGCCAGACAGACUCACCCAGACAGCUUACGAGCUAUAUAUGGAACAGAUGAUCAAAGAAAUGCUCUUCAUGGAAGCGAAAGUUUCACAGCUUCAGAAAGAGAAAUCAGAUUUUUCUUUCCAGACAGCAUUAUUGAGCCAGUUCCAGUUGGUCAGGCAUCAAAAGAUUUCCUUUCAAGAAAAGUUAACCCUACUUUGUUAAAAGGACUUACAGAAUUGUGUAAACAGAAACCACUUGACCCUGUGGUAUGGCUAGCAGACUGGUUGCUUGAAAACAAUCCUAACAAACCAAGAAUUGGCCAGAUGAAAGUUCAGGAACCAGACUGUUAAAUUAUUUAUCAUAUAAAGAAAAAUAAACAUUUAAUACUUAAGAACAUAAAUGGAUUUAACAGUCGAUACAAAAAAGACCAGUGAAAAGAACAACAGGGAAACAAAAAUUAACAAGAUAUAUCUGCUUAAGAAAUUAAAAAAUUAAAAAAUGUUAUUGUCUGAUGUUUUGUCUGUGAUAAAUUUAAUAUUUUAUUUUAUAUACAUGUAUGUCAUUUAGUUAGGUACAUUGUUUUAAUGUAAAGUACAUGCUAUUAAAUUUAUAAAUAAAUACAAAGCAGGUCAGCAUAUUGUAUGGCCAUUUUUCUUUGCAUCAUUUUCAUACUAUAAAGAAGUCCUGUUGUCUUUCUUUGCACAUUCUGCUUUUAUACUUUUUAGGAAUUUAUCAAAUAGAUUCAUUCAGACUUUGAAUUUAUUAUAUUAUUUAUAUCAUUCAUGAAAAUAAAACAUGUACCUAGCAUUAUAAAAAUGUUGGAAAAUUAAAAACAUUUGUUAUCAUUUUCUGCA